AUGGCCUAUUCAGAGUCCUCCAUUGCCGUCAUUGGUAGCGCAUGCCGCCUCCCUGGGGAUGUGAAUUCCGCGAGUGGCUUCUGGAAGAUAUUGAAAGACACCCCCAAUCUCGCUCAACGCAUUCCCUCCGACAGAGUAAGCCUUGGCAGGCACUAUCACCAGGAUGGCAGCUACCACGGAACGCUGAAUACAACUGACUCGUACCUCCUGACAGAGGAUGUUGGGCACUUUGACGCCGACUUCUUCGGAAUCUCGCCUACAGAGGCGGACUCGAUCGAUCCACAAGGCAGAUUGCUUCUGGAAGUCGUCUACGAGGCAAUUGAAAAUGCCGGAAUGCCCAUGGAGCUCCUCAGUGGCUCUGACACGGCCGUCUACGUCGGCCAAAUGUGUCGAGAUUACUGCUCGAUGCGAGAUAGGGACCUAAAUACCAUCCCAACAUACCAUCUCACCGGCGCAGCGCCCAACAACACUGCGAACAGGGUAUCCUAUUUCUUCAACUGGCACGGACCGUCGCUCUGCCUUGAUACUGCGUGCUCGUCAAGUCUCGUAGCCGUCCACGAGGCCAUACAGCAGCUCCGGUCAGGCGGCUCCAGGGUGGCCGUUGCCGCUGGGACGAACCUCACCAUCGACCCGACGAUGUACGUUGCUCUGAGUAAACUUCAUAUGCUCUCUCCAACAGCACGGUGUCGCAUGUGGGACUCAAAGGCAGACGGAUAUGCACGCGGGGAGGCUGUCGUGGCCGUAGUCUUGAAGACGCUUGCGAAUGCGCUGCAGGAUGGAGACUCGAUCGAAUGCGUUAUCCGGGAAACCGGAGUGAAUCAAGAUGGUCGCACGGCGGGAAUCACAAUGCCCAGCGCGAGGGCCCAGGCUGCUCUCAUCCGGGACACGUACCGACGGGCAGGGCUGGAUCCAGAGUCUCCUUGCGACCGGUGCCAGCUGUUUGAAGCCCAUGGCACGGGGACCCAGGCUGGUGACCCACAGGAGGCUGAGGCAAUCGCGACAGCCUUCUUUGGCAGUGGAAGCCACUCAAGCGACGAGAAGCUGUCCGUGGGGAGUGUGAAAACGCUAAUCGGACACACCGAGGGCAGCGCGGGGAUUGUCGGGUUGUUGAAGGUCAGCCUGGCCCUGCAGCAUGCGGUGAUGACCCCAAACCUUCAUUUCGAGAACUUGAAUCCGAAGAUUGAGCCAUUCUACUCCCACCUGCGUAUCCCGCUGGGCGUUGAGCCAUGGCCUGAGGUAGGUGAUGGACAACCCCGACGAGCGAGCGUCAACAGUUUCGGAUUUGGUGGUACAAAUGCGCAUGCUAUCGUGGAAUCGACUGAGCAUCUCCCGACCCCUAGGAGCGAGCAGCACCCGGUGACGCAAAACUUGAUACCAUUUGCCUUCUCUGCAAAUAGCGACAGGGGAUUGACCAGAAUGAUUCAAUCAUACCUCACACACCUCAAGGAGCACCCCUCGAUUUGUCCUUUUGACCUCUCGUACACCCUCAGCUGCCGCCGCUCAGCGUUACCGGUAAAAGUGGCCUGGCCAGCAUCAGACAUUGAAACAUUGUGUUUACGCAUGGAGGAGUGGCUAACAGGUGCAAUGAAGGAAGGGAUUGAGAAUUGCGGAACCCGUUCGAAGACGGGACAGGUAUCCACACUGGGGAUAUUCACCGGCCAGGGAGCUCAAUGGUGUGGAAUGGGGUGUGAGCUUGUCAAAUCGUAUCUGCCUGCGCAGCACACAUUGAAACGACUAGACGAAUCUCUUCAAUCUCUCCCCGAGGGUAGCCGUCCUCAAUGGACCAUACUCGAUGCGCUCAUGUCAACCGCCGGCGACGAGCACAUGAUGAGACCGGCGUUCUCCCAGACCCUAUGCACUGCGGUCCAGAUAGUACUAGUUGACUUACUACAGGCAGCUGGGGUCGUCUUUGCGGGACUUGUCGGCCAUUCGUCCGGGGAAAUCGCAGCAGCUUACGCAGGCGGGUUUCUCAACGCGAGUGACUGUAUCCGAAUUGCGUACUAUCGCGGGCUCUGUGUUGAGAAGAGUGUUUGUACGUCUGGUCAACGGGGCGCUAUGCUGGCAGUAGGGACAUCCCCCGAGGAAGCCACGGUCAAAUGCGAGUCCAACGAGUUCGCCGGUCGGGUGCAGGUAGCGGCGAGGAACUCGUCGUCCAGUGUGACGCUCUCUGGAGAUCGUGAUGCGAUCGUUUCCCUCCAGGAGUUCUACGCAAAUCAAGGGACAUUUGCCCGUUUGAUCAAAGUAAACACGGCUUACCACUCCUCCCAUAUGCUUCAUUGUGCGGGUGAAUACCGUAGGGCGCUGGAAAGAUGUGGAAUUCAGCCCCAAGCCACGGACAGGAAUGGUGGCUCGUGGAUUUCGAGUGUUUACUCGAGCACGGUCAUGCGACCGGGAGACAAGCUAGGGGCGGACUACUGGGUCGACAACAUGGUCAACCCUGUUUUGUUCUCCCAGGCUCUACGUACGGCCAUUGAAACGCGCGAACCGUACCACUUCGUCCUCGAGGUUGGGCCCCAUCCAGCCCUGAAGAGUCCGGUCCUACAAACAUUCCAGGAUGCUACAGGGGCAUCUUUACCCUUUUCAGGCACUUUAUACCGGGGCAAGGAUGACUGUAAAGCACUAUCAGAGGCCUUCUGCCAGAUAUGGACCACCCUUGGUGAAUUGGGCGUAAGCUUCCCAACACUCGCGCAGGAGACAGGGCACGGACGUGUCCUAAAGGACCUUCCCUCGUACCCCUGGAACCACGACCGCAGAUUCUGGUCUGAGAGUAGGAUAUCAACUUUCAUUCGAACAGAUGACCAUCCGCGGCACGAGCUGCUCGGUGUCCUCACUGCCGAUAGUAGUCCUGACGAGUGGUGCUGGCGUAAUGUGUUACAUCCGAGAGAGUUACCUUGGUUGUCAGGUCAUACUCUCCAGGGCGAAAUGGUUUUCCCUGCUGCCGGUUACAUUGUCCAGGCCGUUGAGGGUGCGAUGCAGCUUGCCCAGGGGCAGCAAGUGUACUCUGUUGAGAUAAGAGAUCUCAAGGUCCAACGUGCCACCGUUAUCGACGGGAAGUCCGGGACGGAGACAUUGGUCCGCAUAACCAGUGCACGACAAACUGGGACAGCUUUGCAGUGUCGAUUCACUAGCCAUUCUGCCAUGGGCCGAGCGGGUGGAAACCUGGGGUUGGCUGCAUUGGGGGAGGUGGAAAUUCGCUUCAUGGACAGCGAACCACCUCCCGAGCCACGACGUAAGCUACCUGAUCGCUCAAACACCAGUUUGCAGCCGCUCGAUCUUCCAUUCCUCUAUGAUGAAUUAGCCCGGGUGGGAUAUGCCUACAGUGGCUUGUUCCGGGGUUGGUCCUCACUGUGGCGCGCGUCUAGCGUAGCUACAGGGACCCUCCAGCGGCCCCCUGACACCGAAUGGUUGCUUCACCCCGCGAUGCUUGAUACGGCUCUGCAGUCAAUAUUCGCCGCAUGGAGCUCGCCCGGAGAUGGAGAAAUGUGGACACUUUUUAUGCCCACCUCAGUUGCUCGGGUUCUGGUAUUUCCCUCGCGGUGUGGACGGAAUGCGUCAAACGGGCCUCACGUAUUUACGGUAAUAGAGCCGAGUUCAUCGCCACGCAGAAUCGUGGCCGACGUUACUGUUGCUUCUGCUGAUGCAAAUAUUCUUUUCGAGGCACAAGGGCUAGAAAUAGUGCCCGUGACUGGAGCCACCGAAGACAAUGAUCGCACUUUGUUUAUGGAAACCGAAUGGGUCCCACUGGCUCCUGACUGUAAUGCGUCCACUAUGUCUCCUCUCGCCUCGAUUAUUGGUGUUGUGCAGCAGGUGACACGUCGUUGGCCUCAUCUGACCGUACUAGAACUGGGCGGCGACGCUGAACCCCUAGUGGAAUUGUUGGAUAUCCCAUACGCCUCAUAUACCUACGCUAGCCCGGGCCUGGAUUACAACCAGCGAAGAAUAAGAUCGCUGAAUAAGCGAGUGACGAUGCGAACUUUUCAACUCGAUCAAGACCUUGAUAAGCAGGGCUUUGAGGCCAACCGUUACCAGCUGGUGAUUGCGAGCGACCUAUUCUUUACAGGCAGGGUAUCGGUCCAGGCACUGGCAAAUAUUCGCCGUAUAACUACGUCAGGUGGAUACCUAGUUUUCACAGCGAACCUAAGCCCCGAUGACUCAAACGACUGGAAGACAAUUCUUCGGACGACCGGGUUCUCCGGUGUUGAUGCAGAUUCGGGUACGUUUGAUGAUCUGCUACCACCCACUACGACUAUUGUGUCGCAGGCAGUCGACCUCGACAUCGCUCAGCUACGGUAUCCACUGGAUGGGGAACCUUUCCCUUUCAUCGAAAAUACAGUCGUUCUAGGCGGCCAGCUGGAGGUGGCAGAGCGAUUCAUGUCCAUAUUACACCCGUGGUGUCCCGGAAUCACCCACAUUCCUUCGCUCAAGGAUAUCAUCCAGGACAUUUUACCAAGGCCAUGCACACUUCUGAAUCUACUUGAUCUGGCAACACCUGUUUUCCACUCCAUUGACAGCAUCCUCUGGGACAAUCUCAAGACGGUCCUGGGUGCCUCAACCGAGGUAUUAUGGGUAACGCAAGGCUACCAACAGGAACAACCAUACGCAUCGCUUUCUGUGGGUUUCAUUCGCUCCCUGAUUUACGAGAAACCCGACGUCCGGUUUCAGCUCCUCGACUUGGACCCCAGAAUGGACAUUGACUACACCCUCGUUUCUUCACAACUCCUGCAGCUCUCACUAUUCCAGAGGGUGCGUCAGAGAGCGGAGCAGGACGAGGUGCUUUGGAUCCACGAACCGGAGAUAGCCAUGCGCGGUGGGCGUCUGUAUGUGCCGCGGGUCGUGCCACAGAAAGAGCUAAACGCGAGGAUCAAUUCCUUGCGGCGCCCUAUUACCCAAGCCUUUCGUAAAGAAGGAGCAUACUUUCAAGUGAAAUGGGACAAUGGGUCCUAUUCCUGGCACAGCGGUGGACCAUUGCGCCAUUCCCUGCCAUUCGAGGGGGACAUUACCGUCAAGGUACAGUUUUCUACCCUCUUCUCGUUGCCCAUGUCGGGAGGUCGAUUAUACCUUAUGUUUGGAGAGCACACAGAAGGCAAACGGUGGGGGUUGGUCGCAUCGCCACGGUUGUCGUCUCUCGUGCACCCUCGACCCGAAUGGUGGUGGCCGUUAUCCCACAGUCCAACUUCCACUGAGGGACCGAGCCUGCUCGCACUGGUUGCCAUGCAACUAGCAGCGAACCAUAUUGUCGGGCUGGCUAGGCAAGGAGCAACCAUCGUGAUCCUUGAUCCUCCCCGGUCUCUCGCGAGGUGCCUCAAUAUCUUGGCUCGCCGCGGGGGUUGUAAGGUGGUUUGUCUCACAAGCAGGUCCGGCGGAAGUGAGGCAGGGAUUAUGAUCGACCAUACUUGGUCAUCUCGCCAGAUCAAGGAGUGCAUUCCCCAGGGAGCUUCACUAUACAUGAACCUCUGCACAGGUAACGAAAGUCUGAGUAAUGCCGUUGCGGGGGUCUUACCGGAAUACUGCCAGCGAAUCAGCAGGCUCAGUAUAUUUUCACGCGAGAGUGUGCUGUAUAAUCACGCUUCCACCACUCCCAUCCCAGAAAUACAGGAGGCUCUUCACUCUGCCCUCCAGAUGAUUGGGUCAGAUGUCGACGGGGAUGGGAUGCUGCCCAUCCUAUCUCUCGAUGACCUCAGUUCUCCCGGCAGCCUGCGCUCUCCAUGCAGUAUCAUCAACUGGGAGGCGAGCAAGCCAUCCGUCGUGCACAUUCGGCCGGCUGAUACAAUGGUUACAUUGAGUCCGGGCAAGUCAUAUUGGCUUGUAGGGUUAUCUCUGGAUAUGGCACGGUCGCUGGCCGAGUGGCUGAUUGGGCAUGGAGCCAGAUAUGUGAUUCUUACAAGCCGCCAUAUUGAACACAGCCCAAGUUGGACCCAGGAAUAUGAAUCUCGGGGGAUUCGCAUCGUUUGCAUUCCCGGCGACAUUACGAGACUCGACCAUCUACAGGAUGCCCACCGUUUAAUCCAAACUAGCUACCCUCCAAUUGCUGGUGUGGUAAUUGGCGCCGUCAUCCUGCAGGACAAGCUAUUUGACAACUGCGACCUCGAGACCUUUGAAGCCGUCCUAGCUCCCAAAGUCUCCGGUAUCAACAACCUGGACCAAAUCUUCCAUUCGCAGUCGCUAGAGUUCUUCAUCGCCUUCUCCUCCCUCUCCGCCACACUUGGAAAUGCUGGCCAAACGGCCUACGCAGCUGCAAACACCUUUAUGAAAGCCAUCAUUGCCUGCAGGCGAGCGCGCGGCGUCUCCGGUUCCACAAUGGAUAUUUCAAGGGUAGUCGGCGUAGGCGGCCUCCGAAGAGCGUUUGAAGCCUCUACAAGAGGCGACUUGCAAAUGGAACGUUUAAAGCGAAAGAUGGCACCUAUGUCUGAAGGAGAUCUGCACCAAAUGUUCGCCGAGGCAAUCCUAGCCGGUCGGCCCAGUUCGAACCAAAACCCAGAAUUGAUUGCUGGUGUCAUGACGUACACGGACAGGGCGGCAUUUCAGGACGGCCUCCGUGGAAACCCUCGUUUCUUUCGCUUUCUAGUACCUACAAGCGGGGAUGCUGCUGACGAGUCACGGUUAGGGCGUGAGGGACGGAGCAUCCGGGGCAUUUUGACCGGGGGCGCGUCUCCAGAGAGUGUGAGCUCCGAAAUUCAGCUGGAGUUAAUCGAACAUGUGAGGAGGACCCUGAGACUGGGUGGUGAAAUUUAUGUGGACGAAACGAAGCCCCUGGUGGAGCUGGGUGUCGAUUCCUUUACGGCUGUCGAUAUUAGUAAAUGGAUUCAGCAUAAUUUGAACCUGGAUAUGCCCGUCAUGAGGAUAUUGGGGGGCUUAACAGUGGCGGAGGUCGUGAGCCAAGUUAUCGGAGGGAUUUCGGACUGA